AUGGUAGUCAUCCAAAACCAGGAAGAGAAUAAUUACCUCCGCAACAUCUUGCCUGAUAAAACUGGGUCUCCGUAUUACUGGAUCGGAAUCAAGAAGAUCAAUGGAAACUGGACAUGGGUCGGAACUAACGGAACGUGGGUUGGGAAUUAUUCCUGGGCACCCAACGAGCCCAAUAACAAACUGGGUGAGGAGUGUGUUGAGAUGUACGUCAACAAAGGGAACAGCGAGAAUAACGGGAAGUGGAACGAUGAUAAGUGCUCAAAUCUCAAAUACCCGCUAUGCUACAGAGGCCUUGUGCUGGCUCCCCUCCCAGACCAUGUGCUGGCUUCUCCCCCAGGCCAUGUGCUGGCUUCUCCCCCAGGCCAUGUGCUGGCUUCUCCCCCAGGCCAUGUGCUGGCUUCUCCCCCAGGCCAUGUGCUGGCUUCUCACCCUGACCAUGUGCUGGCUUCUCACCCAGGCCAUGUGCUGGCUUCUCACCCUGACCAUGUGCUGGCUUCUCACCCAGGCCAUGUGCUGGCUUCUCACCCAGGCCAUGUGCUGGCUUCUCACCCAGGCCAUGUGCCGGCUUCUCACCCAGGCCAUGUGCUGGCUUCUCACCCAGGCCAUGUGCUGGCUAAGUGCAAUAAUAACUUAACAGGUGAGACAGGAGGUGUCCAGGCCUGGACAUACAACUACAGCGUCAACCAGAAUCUGGACUGGGAUUCGGCCCGCCAGUGGUGCAGGCAACACUACACGGACAUGGUGGCCAUCCAGAACCAGGAGGAGAUCGUCUAUCUCAACACCAUGCUCCCUAGGAACUCACAAUACUACUGGAUCGGCCUCCGCAAGGUGAAUGAGAUGUGGACCUGGAUGGGGACUAACAAGACCCUGACCAAAGAGGCGGAGAACUGGGCCACCGGGGAGCCCAACAACGUAGGGGACGGACAGGACUGCGUGGAGAUCUACAUCAAAAGAGGAAAGGAUGCAGCCAAGUGGAACGAUGAGAGAUGCACAAAAAAGAAGGGAGCCCUCUGCUACACAGCGUCUUGCUCAGAGCAUUGCUGCAGCACCCAUGCAGAGUGUUUAGAGAACAUAGGGAACUACACCUGCCAGUGUGACCCUGGCUUCAAGGGCCCCCGGUGCCAGCAAGCUGUAGCGUGUGACACUGUGUCGGACCCAGAGCAGGGUUCAGUGAACUGUGACCAUCCACAUGGGCUGUUUGCCUUCAACUCAUCUUGCCAGUUCCAAUGUGCCCGAGGAUACCAGCUGCUGGGGGCAUCACAACUGCUCUGCCAGGCCACGGGGUUCUGGGACCACCCUGCCGCUCAGUGCCAAGUCAAACAGUGUCCAUCGCUGGACAGUGGUCCUCAUAGAGGGACUAUGAACUGCAGUAACCCCAUCGCCCUGCACAGUUAUAACUCCGCCUGUGAAUUCAGCUGUGAUUUGGGGUUUGACCUAAUAGGACCAGACAGGAUUCAGUGUGACCACACAGGACAGUGGACAGCCAACGUCUCUACCUGCACAGUGGUGAGGUGUGGCCCCCUGUCCCCUCCUGCCAUGGGAAACAUGGCCUGUGUGGACCCCCUGGGGGCUUCCUCCUUCACCUCCUCCUGUGGGUUCUCCUGUGAGGAGGGCUACCUGCUGAGAGGAGACACCAACCUCACCUGUUUAUCUACUGGACAAUGGACCAACCACACACCUGCAUGUGAAAAACCAUUAUUUAUUCAAAAAGAAUCCAUUAUGAAUGAGUUCAGCUAUGGCUCCACCUGUACCCUGGAGUGUGAGAAGGGUUUGGUUCUGGUAGGAACUAACUCCACCCGUUGCCCCUCACUGGCUUACUGGAGCCACGCCCUUCCUGUCUGUCAGGCUCAGCAGUGCGACAUCUUAACCUCUCCCCCGCAUGGCUCCAUGAACUGCUCUGACCUCCAUGGUCAGUUCCACUACGGGUCCCAGUGUCUGUUCUCCUGUGAGGAGGGGUUCCUACUGAACGGGUUGGCUGAUACAGAGUGCACCUCCCUGGGCACAUGGAGCAGGAGAGCCCCCCUCUGUCUGGCUCAGCAGUGUGACGCCUUAACCUCUCCCCCGCAUGGCUCCAUGAACUGCUCUGACCUCCAUGGUCAGUUCCACUACGGGUCCCAGUGUCUGUUCUCCUGUGAGGAGGGGUUCCUGCUGAACGGGUUGGCUGAUACAGAGUGCACCUCCCUGGGCACAUGGAGCAGGAGAGCCCCACUCUGUCUGGUGGUAAGGUGUGGCCCCCUGUCCCCUCCUGCCAUGGGGAACAUGUCCUGUGUGGACCCCCUGGGGGCUUCCUCCUUCACCUCCUCCUGUGGGUUCUCCUGUGAGGAGGGCUACCUGCUGAGAGGAGACACCAACCUCACCUGUUUAUCUACUGGACAAUGGACCAACCACACACCUGCAUGUGAACCUCAGCAGUGCGACUCUUUAACCUCUCCCCCGCAUGGCUCCAUGAACUGCUCUGACCUCCAUGGUCAGUUCCACUACGGGUCCCAGUGUCUGUUCUCCUGUGAGGAGGGGUUCCUGCUGAACGGGUUGGCUGAUACAGAGUGCACCUCCCUGGGCACAUGGAGCAGGAGAGCCCCCCUCUGUCUGGCUCAGCAGUGCGACUCUUUAACCUCUCCCCCGCAUGGCUCCAUGAACUGCUCUGACCUCCAUGGUCAGUUCCACUACGGGUCCCAGUGUCUGUUCUCCUGUGAGGAGGGGUUCCUACUGAACGGGUUGGCUGAUACAGAGUGCACCUCCCUGGGCACAUGGAGCAGGAGAGCCCCCCUCUGUCUGGCUCAGCAGUGUGACGCCUUAACCUCUCCCCCGCAUGGCUCCAUGAACUGCUCUGACCUCCAUGGUCAGUUCCACUACGGGUCCCAGUGUCUGUUCUCCUGUGAGGAGGGGUUCCUGCUGAACGGGUUGGCUGAUACAGAGUGCACCUCCCUGGGCACAUGGAGCAGGAGAGCCCCCCUCUGUCUGGUGGUAAGGUGUGGCCCCCUGUCCCCUCCUGCCAUGGGGAACAUGUCCUGUGUGGACCCCCUGGGGGCUUCCUCCUUCACCUCCUCCUGUGGGUUCUCCUGUGAGGAGGGCUACCUGCUGAGAGGAGACACCAACCUCACCUGUUUAUCUACUGGACAAUGGACCAACCACACACCUGCAUGUGAACCUCAGCAGUGCGACUCUUUAACCUCUCCCCCGCAUGGCUCCAUGAACUGCUCUGACCUCCAUGGUCAGUUCCACUACGGGUCCCAGUGUCUGUUCUCCUGUGAGGAGGGGUUCCUACUGAACGGGUUGGCUGAUACAGAGUGCACCUCCCUGGGCACAUGGAGCAGGAGAGCCCCCCUCUGUCUGGCUCAGCAGUGUGACGCCUUAACCUCUCCCCCGCAUGGCUCCAUGAACUGCUCUGACCUCCAUGGUCAGUUCCACUACGGGUCCCAGUGUCUGUUCUCCUGUGAGGAGGGGUUCCUGCUGAACGGGUUGGCUGAUACAGAGUGCACCUCCCUGGGCACAUGGAGCAGGAGAGCCCCACUCUGUCUGGUGGUAAGGUGUGGCCCCCUGUCCCCUCCUGCCAUGGGGAACAUGUCCUGUGUGGACCCCCUGGGGGCUUCCUCCUUCACCUCCUCCUGUGGGUUCUCCUGUGAGGAGGGCUACCUGCUGAGAGGAGACACCAACCUCACCUGUUUAUCUACUGGACAAUGGACCAACCACACACCUGCAUGUGAACCUCAGCAGUGCGACGCUUUAACCUCUCCCCCGCAUGGCUCCAUGAACUGCUCUGACCUCCAUGGUCAGUUCCACUACGGGUCCCAGUGUCUGUUCUCCUGUGAGGAGGGGUUCCUGCUGAACGGGUUGGCUGAUACAGAGUGCACCUCCCUGGGCACAUGGAGCAGGAGAGCCCCCCUCUGUCUGGCUCAGCAGUGCGACUCUUUAACCUCUCCCCCGCAUGGCUCCAUGAACUGCUCUGACCUCCAUGGUCAGUUCCACUACGGGUCCCAGUGUCUGUUCUCCUGUGAGGAGGGGUUCCUACUGAACGGGUUGGCUGAUACAGAGUGCACCUCCCUGGGCACAUGGAGCAGGAGAGCCCCCCUCUGUCUGGCUCAGCAGUGUGACGCCUUAACCUCUCCCCCGCAUGGCUCCAUGAACUGCUCUGACCUCCAUGGUCAGUUCCACUACGGGUCCCAGUGUCUGUUCUCCUGUGAGGAGGGGUUCCUGCUGAACGGGUUGGCUGAUACAGAGUGCACCUCCCUGGGCACAUGGAGCAGGAGAGCCCCCCUCUGUCUGGUGGUAAGGUGUGGCCCCCUGUCCCCUCCUGCCAUGGGGAACAUGUCCUGUGUGGACCCCCUGGGGGCUUCCUCCUUCACCUCCUCCUGUGGGUUCUCCUGUGAGGAGGGCUACCUGCUGAGAGGAGACACCAACCUCACCUGUUUAUCUACUGGACAAUGGACCAACCACACACCUGCAUGUGAACCUCUGCAGUGCGACGCUUUAACCUCUCCCCCGCAUGGCUCCAUGAACUGCUCUGACCUCCAUGGUCAGUUCCACUACGGGUCCCAGUGUCUGUUCUCCUGUGAGGAGGGGUUCCUGCUGAACGGGUUGGCUGAUACAGAGUGCACCUCCCUGGGCACAUGGAGCAGGAGAGCCCCCCUCUGUCUGGUGGUCCAGUGUGAGAACCUAUUGCCCCGACUGCCAUCUCCACCACCCACUCCAACCUCAACUCCACCACCAACUCGGGGACCCUUCAUGAACUGCUCACACUCCCUCGGGGAGUUUAGCUUCAGCUCUCUGUGCCUCUUCACCUGCAGCAAAGGCUACUAUCUGAACGGAACAGAAGUGCUGUCCUGCACCUCAGAGGGACAAUGGAGUGACCUUGUGCCCUUUUGCCAAAGAAACAUCACCUCUGUCCAAGAGUCCUCUAGGAUGUUGGCCUAUGCAGUGGUGGGAGCUGCCUCUGCUGCUGGGCUGUUACUAUUGCUGGGACUGGGCAUGCUGGUCGCAAAGAAGCUCAGCAAGAAAGUCACAGGUGACUUCAACUUUGACAACUCGUUAUGGGAGGAAAGAGAGAACCCUGCUUUUGAGAUUUCUUAAAAAAGAAUGUGCUUAAUGACAUUGUACUGUAAAACAAGGUUUUGCAUAACGAGUUGGAUAUUGGAUUAAACAAGUUAAUUGUUUUCAAUGUAUUUAAAGCCAUCACUGUUCCUUUUAUACAAUUUUUUCUAUACCUAUUUUUGUGUAUGGGCUGUUAAAGCUAAAAUAUGUAACUUUUGGGCGACCCGACCAGAUUCACAUAGAAAUGUGAGUUAUAGAUAUGUAAUUAUUGAAAAUAAGUCUAAGAAGCAAUAGAUCUGUUCUAUGUAUACUAUUUCUAUGCUUCCCAUUCUUAAGUUUCGUUUUUGCAUCUUU